GAAUCCGAUUUUCCCCAAAAUAUAUUAUUAAUCGCGCGAUCUAUUUUUCAUCUCGUAUAAUACACUUUAGGAAAGUACAUUUGUUGCAAUCUUAUCACAUUAAGCUUAAGGAAGUAAUCGUCCUAAUCGUAUCGCAAAGUCUACUUUAGAAAUCGCAGAUAAAAUCCAGUUUGUUUUCACAAAUACAUUUGCAAAUAUAAUCGGUGCAAACGACGGCGCAUCGCGCAGAAUUGCGCGAAAAUAUUUCGCGAGCACGCGCGCGCUUUCUCCAUUCCCCUCCGGCUGCGGAUUUAGGAAAUGUAGGUCUCUCCUAGUCUUUUAUACUUUCUUCGUGGCAGUCUACUUUCCUCGUGCGGUGCUGAAAUUACUGUCCGUCGUGCUUUUCAAUUUGUGUGUCACGAAUCAAUUUCCUAACAAAUUGAAAAUGUCAGACAUUGAAGGUGAUGAUGAAUUUCAAGACGCUCAGGAAUCAUUACCACAACUCACUUCUAUGGAUUUAGAUACAGCGAUAAUGGAGGCAAAAAAGGCGAUACAUUGUUUUUUCAACAAUGACUUCGAUCAAGCAAAGAAAAUUUUAGAACCAUGGGCGGACAGCAGCAUGUAUCACUCUUUGGGGACUAGCGUAUUCGCAUUUUUAGAAGCAAUUCUUACGUUUGAACAAAGACAUAUCGAGAAGGCGUCAGAGAAAUUGAAGCAAUGCAUGAGCGUAUGUUCCAAACACCGAAAACACACCACUAUCACACAGAAUAUUGGGAAAAUAGUAAAGAAGAUUAACUACGAUGUUUAUACGAAUGAGGAAGUGCAUGCGGAACUCUGUUAUGCCGAGUCGCUUCUCCUAAAAUCGAUGCUCACAUUUGUAGAAGAUGAGACUCUGGUCAGCUUUGUCAAGGCGGGAUUGAAAAUUCGUACCUGUUUUCUGUCAUACAAAGAAUGUAUGACGAUCCUGAACAAUCGCAAAUGGGGAAAUGAUAUUCACAAAGUGCAUUUCGAAAGCGGCGUUCGUAUGGGUAUUGGUACAUUUAAUUUGAUGAUCUCGUUGUUACCGGCCCGAAUUAUUAAAUUAUUAGAAUUUAUCGGAUUCUCCGGUGAUAAGGCAUAUGGUUUAGCAGAAUUAAAAGCAGGCUAUAAUGAGAAGAGAGGUCUGCGACAAAUUUUAUGCGUUAUGACUUUGUUGUCGUACAAUUUGAUCGUCACUUUUGUAUUGAGUCACUCGGACGGCGAUUUAGAAUGGUGUGAGCAAGUGUUGCAACAGGAACUAAGUCUUUAUCCGAAUGGCGUAUGGUUUCUGUUCUUCAAAGGAAGAUUAGAGCUCACGCGGGGCAAUUUCGAAGAAUGCAUAGACUGGUAUAUCAAAUCAUGGAAAAGUCAAAAUGUAUGGUCACAAUUUCAUCAUCUUUGUUAUUGGGAAUUGAUGUGGGCGCACUGCUCGAUGCAGCAAUGGAAUAAGGCGAUCAUGUAUGCUACAAUGUUGACGAACGAGUCCAACUGGUCGCGCACUAUUUAUUUGUACCAAAAGGCUGCGAUUUUGAUCAUGCAGAAACCGCCGACCGGGAGCGAGGAGAAACAACUGAUCGACAGUUUGAUGACGCAAGUGCCAACUUACAAGCAGCGUAUUGCCGGCAAAUCAUUGCCGAUGGAGAAAUUUGUGAUCAAAAGAACGGAACGUUACUUUGCACAAAAGAAAAAUUUAGUCUUGCCUAUAUUUGAGCUUAUGUACGUAUGGAAUCUAUUUAGGAUAAUAGGCAAACGGCAAGACUUGAUACUGAAUAUAUUCAAAAGGAUAGAAGAAACGGAGAGAGAACUCAAAACAGCUUCGAAAAAUGAAUUUCAUGCGGACAACGAAGCGCUCCUAUUAUUGUUGAAGGGCGCUUGUCUGCGACAAAUGCAGCAUCCUUUGCAGUCGGAAGAGUGUUUGCGACGCGUUUUACAAUUGGAGAAAUCUGUUAAGGAAGAUACAUACUUAUUUCCUUAUGCUACUGUAGAAUUAGCUUUAUUGGCACAAGAUCAAGGCGAUACUCAAUUGGCUAUAGGUUUUUUGGAAGACGCUAAGAAAAAUUAUACGGGCUAUUUAUUAGAGUCCAGAUUACACUUCAGAAUACAUUCGAAUUUAAUGAUGUUAACUGGCAAGAAAACUAACAAUUAUUCGAUGAAGAAGCAUCAACGAUUGCAAACGAAUAUUACUGCCAAUAAUAGUGUUAUUAUCGCGGGUCCAAGCGCUGACGAGUCUAUCGAAAUUAAAUUAUAGAAGUGCUGUAUAAAAAAAGAAAACAUACGCAAUCGAAAAUCUAUUUAUUUUUAAAUAAUGUUUCUUUACGUACUUUCUUAGACGACAUAUAUAUUGUAUAUUGUAUAUUAUACGUAUAAAAGGAUUCCUUCGUGAAGAUGGACCAAUGAUUUCCUAACAUCAAAAGGCCUCUGCGUAACUAACAUCUGGUUUCGUUAUUUAUUUAUUCAAUCUAAAAGUUUCCAGAUUUAUUCGAGAAUUGAAUACAUUAUGCAUUACGCCCGAUAUAUGAAUUAUUUUCUUCCAAAGAAAAUGAU